UUUUGUUACGCGGUUGUGCUAGUAUCGUGGUGGACCAUUGCCGUCCAUCACCAAACGCUGUGCAACCACUCCCUUUGAAUUAAGUGUCACCAGGCUCGCCGCCUAUGUCACCGCUCAGUCCGCCGCCGUCAUGGUUUAACGAUGAGGACCCUCACAGUCCGAUCAUGAAGCAAUCAUCAUCGCUGCUGGCCCCCCUCACCAAUUCACCCCCACGAUCGGAGAGUAACCACUUGGAACGUUUAUCGCCCUCGCCACUGUUAGCAGGACAAACAUUGGCUCCUUCAGCGCUCCUGCUCCCAAAUCUCCCGGCCCCUGCUCUACAGAAGAAUGUCCGGUCACACCUUUGCAAGCGUAGUUCUGAAAAGCUCGAAACAGAGGUCGAGCAUGGUCGGAAAGUUGCUCGCCAUGAAGCCCAGAGCCAUACGUAUCAUUACCCAAGGUAUUCGUCGCAAAAAAAAAAAAAAAUUGAUAAUGGAACAAUGGUCUCGCGGCACCCCAAGGACCCGCGGUGAAGGGAGGGUGAGAAAGGGAAGGGGGCUAUCGACAGCCCGACCGCAGUCGGGCACCCCCUUUCA